AUGGAAAGAUUGCAACAGAUCGCUAGCCAGGCCACCGCCUCCACAGCUCCUCCACCACCUCCUGCCCACCCAUUGGACCCUCUCUCUCCUGGUGAGAUCUCAACCGUUGCGGCUGUUAUCAAGAAGCAUUAUGCUGGUAAGACCAUCACCUUCAACACCGUCACCUUGAGAGAACCAAUCAAGAGAGCCUACUACGAGUGGAAGGAGAAGAAUGGCCCAGUGCCUCCAAGAUUGGCCUACUACGUGAUCAUUGAGAGUGGUGUCAAUGGAGUCCACGAGGGUGUGGUUGAUCUCGGUUCGUUGAUUGUCAUCCAAUCUCAGCAGACUGAGGGCGUUCAGCCAAUCUUGACCCCAGAUGACCUUCAGACCACUGAGGACAUUGUUAGAAAUGACCCUAACGUUAUUAAGCAAUGUGAGAUCUCUGGAAUUCCAGCCUCCGAGAUGAAGAAUGUCUACUGUGAUGCCUGGACCAUUGGUUACGACGAGAGAUGGGGUGCUUCCAGAAGACUCCAGCAGGCACUUAUGUACUGGAGAUCUGACGAAGACGACUCGCAUUACUCCCACCCAUUGGACUUCUGUCCUAUUGUCGACAUGAAUGAAGCUAAGGUUGUGUUUAUCGACAUCCCAAACAGAAGAAGAAAGGUGUCCAAGCACAAGCACUCUUCGUUCCACCCUAAGCAUAUUGCCGAGAAGUACGGAACUAAGGAGAAUCCUAGCGGAUUCAGACAAGAUGCUAAGCCAUACAACGUCACCCAGCCAGAAGGUGUUUCUUUCAAGAUGGAUGGCCAUAUUAUGGAGUGGUCUAACUUCAAAUUCCACAUUGGUUUCAACUACAGAGAAGGUAUCGUUUUAUCGGACAUUACUUUCAACGACAAGGGAAACGUUCGUCCUCUUUUCCACAGAAUCUCUCUUUCAGAGAUGAUUGUGCCUUACGGAAGUCCAGACUUCCCUCACCAGAGAAAGCACGCUUUGGACAUUGGAGAGUAUGGUGCCGGUAACUGUACCAACCCACUUGCACUUGGCUGUGACUGUAAGGGUGUUAUUCACUACAUGGAUGCUCAUUUCCCUAACAAGUCUGGUGAGGCCAUCACUGUCAAGAAUGCCGUGUGCAUCCACGAGGAGGACGACGGAUUGUUGUUCAAGCACUCGGACUUCAGAGAUGACUUCCAGACCACCGUUGUUACCAGAGGUACCAAGUUGAUCGUUUCGCAGAUCUUCACGGCCGCCAACUACGAGUACUGCUUGUACUGGACCUUCAGACAAGAUGGUACCAUCAAGUUGGAGGUCAGAUUGACUGGUAUUUUGAACACCUACAUCUGUGCUGAGGAUGAGGAUAUUGGACCAUGGGGAACCCAGGUUUACCCACAGGUGAAUGCCCACAACCACCAGCACAUGUUCUCGUUGAGAAUGCAUCCAAGAAUCGACGGUGACAACAACUCUGCUGCCACCUCUGAUGGAAUGCCAGGUCCUGGUGAGACUGGCUCUUCUCAGAACAUGUACGGUAACUCGUUCUUGGCCAAAAAGACCACUUUCAAGACUGUGGGUGACUCGUUGACUCAUGCCACUACUACCAGAUCGUGGGACAUGUUCAACCCAUCCAAGAAGAACCCAUACUCUGGUAAGCCACCAUCUUACAAGUUGGUUUCUACCUUCACUCCUCCACUUAUGGCUAAGGAGGGUUCUUUGGUGAGAAAGAGAGCUCCAUGGGCUGCUUACACCACUGAGGUCAUUCCAUACAAGGAUGAGAACUUCGGUUACGGUAGACUUUACCCAUCUGGAGACCACGUUGCUCAGUGGUCUGGAGAUGGAGCAAGAGGUAUGAGAGAGUGGAUUGGAGACGGUUCUGACAACAUCGAGAACACCGACAUCGUCAUGUUCCACACCUUCGGUAUCACCCACUUCCCAUCACCAGAGGACUUCCCAUUGAUGCCUACUGAGAUCUUCGACCUUAUGUUGCGUCCUAGACAUUUCUUCACCGAGAGUCCUGUUCUUGACGUGAAGCCAUCUUACGCCAGAACCACCACUGAGGUGAAGGCUGGUGCUAAGGGCACUGACACCUGUUCAUUGACUGUGGAUAAGACUUCUAGAUUAGCAUUUUCCGAGACUUCCGGUGUUGCUGGAUCUUGUUGCAAGAAGUAA